AUGAAGCUGAUAUCCACCGAAUUUUGCAUCAAAAUGUUGAAUGCGAAAGUGUUGCUGCUUUGUCUGGUCGCGUCAAGCUCAGCGCAGGCAUCGGUUGCUCAUAUCGAAGCGAACCCGGACGCCAAAAGACUGUACGACGAUCUGCUUAGCAAUUACAACCGCCUGAUACGGCCCGUGGUGAAUAACACCGAAACGCUGACCGUGUGGCUCGGGUUGAAGCUGUCACAGCUAAUUGAAGUGAGCCUGCGAAAUCAGGUAAUGACCACGAAUCUGUGGGUGAAGCAGAAAUGGUUCGACUACAAGCUCCGGUGGGAUCCGGAGGAGUACGGUGGCGUGGAGAUGCUGUACGUCCCAUCGGAACAGAUCUGGCUGCCUGACAUUGUGCUGUACAAUAACUGGGAUGGCAACUACGAGGUGACGCUCAUGACGAAGGCAACACUGAAGUACACCGGGGAGGUAUUUUGGGAACCGCCGGCAAUCUACAAAUCAUCCUGCGAGAUGAACGUCGAGUACUUCCCGUACGACGAACAGACGUGCCUGAUGAAGUUUGGCUCAUGGACGUACAACGGUGCACAGGUGGAACUGCGUCAUCUAGACCAGAUCCCCGGCAGUAAUCUCGUGCAGAUUGGGAUUGAUUUGAGUGAGUUUUACCUUUCGGUCGAAUGGGACAUCCUGGAAGUUCCGGCUAGUCGCAAUGAGGAAUAUUAUCCUUGCUGUCCAGAACCGUUCUCAGACAUCACGUUCAAACUUACGAUGAGGAGGAAAACACUAUUCUACACGGUCAACCUGAUCAUACCUUGCGUUGGUAUCACGUUCCUGACGGUGCUGGUGUUCUAUCUGCCGAGUGAUUCGGGCGAGAAGGUCACGCUUUGCAUCUCGAUUUUGGUGUCACUGACUGUGUUCUUUCUGCUGCUGGCCGAAAUCAUCCCUCCGACAUCGCUGGCCGUGCCACUGUUGGGCAAGUAUCUGCUCUUCACGAUGAUCCUUGUAUCGUUAUCGGUUUGGACGACCGUCUGCGUGCUCAACGUCUGGUACAGGAGCACAUCGACACAUAAAAUGUCACCCUUCGUCCGGAGGCUGUUUCUGGAGAUAAUGCCCAAGAUCUUGAUGAUGCGCCGGGCAAAGUACACGCUGCCGGAUUACGACGAUUCAACGCCCAGCAAUGGCUACACGAACGAAAUCGAAAUGAGCGUUAGCGAUUUCCCCGGCGAGUUCAAGGAAGGUGGUGACAGUUUCGAUAAUAUAGGAGUUAAUCUUUCGCACGGUUCAGUCGAGGCGGAAAAUGUCAUCCCGAAGCAAUUAUCACCGGAGGUGCUGUCCGCAAUACAGGCGGUACGAUUUAUUGCCCAGCACAUUAAGGACGCUGAUAAGGAUAAUGAGAUCGUCGAAGACUGGAAGUUCGUUUCGAUGGUGCUGGAUCGGUUCUUCCUGUGGGUGUUUACAAUUUCCUGCAUUUUCGGCACGUUCGGUAUCAUCUUCCAGAGUCCAUCGCUCUACGAUACGCGGGCCCCGGUCGACCAGCAGCUGAGCGAAAUACCGCUGCGCAAGAACAACUUUAUGCUUCCGCCGGACAUCGUACGUAUCACGCUGGAUUAA